CUCCCGCGCUAUCCAGCCACCUGGUCUCGGUCUCGCCUCGCCUGGUCUCUACACCCGGCAUGGAGGGAGUCCCUGUGAUAACGGCAGGCACCGCGGGCUCUGCCAAGGCCGAGGGAGCCGCAGCCAUACCGCCGCCGCCUCCCGUCUCCCCGCCUGCCCUUACCCCGGCGCCCGCAGCGGGUGAGGAGGGCCAGCCGCCACUGCCCGAGGCGGGGGCUCCCGGCUGCUCGGGCUCCCGGCCCCCUGAGCUGGAGCCUGAGCGCAGCCUGGGCCGCUUGAGGGCCCGCUUCGAGGACGAGGACGAGGAGUUGGAAGAGGAUGAGGACCUGGAGGAAGAAGAAGAGGAGGAAGAGGAGGAAGAGAUGAGCCACUUCUCGCUGAGGCUGGAGGGGGGCCGGCCAGACUCCGAGGACGAGGAGGAGCGCCUGAUAAAUCUCUCUGAGCUGACCCCAUACAUCUUGUGUUCCAUUUGCAAAGGUUACUUAAUAGAUGCAACAACCAUUACAGAAUGUCUUCAUACAUUUUGUAAAAGCUGCAUUGUAAGACACUUUUACUAUAGCAACAGGUGUCCAAAAUGCAACAUAGUAGUACAUCAGACACAACCUCUUUACAACAUAAGGUUGGACCGACAGUUACAAGACAUAGUGUACAAAUUAGUGAUCAAUCUAGAGGAAAGAGAAAAAAAGCAAAUGCAUGAUUUCUAUAAAGAAAGAGGUCUAGAAGUACCUAAACCUGCUGUUCCACAGCCAGUCCCUUCGAGCAAAGGAAGAUCUAAGAAAGUCUUAGAAUCAGUGUUUCGUAUUCCACCUGAACUUGACAUGUCUUUAUUACUAGAGUUUAUUGGAAAGCUUCCAAUGUGGCAAAGAGUCCUUUUGAAGAAGUCGCCAGUCCUCAGAGUUAAAUCCCCACAUGUUUACUACAUUGAAAAGCUUGGUGUUACCACUGAAGUCAGGCUACUGAGGGUAACCCAUAGGAAGCUCUUUCAUGGCAGGACAAAUGGCAGUGCUAAUGAAGGCACAGGACAUUUUAAGCCAUUGGAAAAGAAGUUUGUCCGAGUUUCAGGAGAAGCAACUAUUGGACAUGUAGAAAAAUUCCUCAGAAGAAAAAUGGGUCUUGAUCCAGCUUGUCAGGUAGAUAUCAUCUGUGGCGAUCACUUGUUAGAGCGGUAUCAAACUCUAAGGGAAAUUCGACGUGCAAUAGGUGAUGCAGCAAUGCAGGAUGGUCUGCUGGUCCUUCAUUAUGGACUUGUGGUUUCUCCUUUGAAAAUUACUUGACGAUUCUAAGGGUAUUAUGAGGGAAACAAAAUAAGGAGACUUCUGCAGGAUUGCAUCUCACCAAAGAUUUCCACGAAAUGUGUAAUUGCUAUCACUUUGUGCUGUUCGAGACAUAACUUAUCUAUUUUCAGCACCAAGAAUCAUAGGAUUUAUAAUUACAACUUGGUAUUCUAGAAUGCAUCUGUUUUACUAGAGACUAUAUAUAAAAAGCAUCCACAGCUCAGGGGGAAAUUUUUUAAGCAAUGAAUUUUUAUGAUUUCAAAUACUUGGACAUUGAUUUUGUUUCCUAAUCUUUGAGGUAAAUCAGUUAGUGUUUUUGUUUUUGUCUUCAUUGAGCCAUACCCCUUUCAAGUUGGUGGUUAGGAUUCUGCUCUCUGAAAUGGCAUCAGUUGGGCAGUCAUCCUUUCGGAAAAGAAGUGUGCUUUUGAACUGAAGAUUUAAAGCCAGUCUUUGUUAAAUUACAGAAUGUGCCUCUUAGACAAAGACCAAAACUAUGGGCCACUUUUGUAUGUUGCCAUCUUUUUUCGAACUUGUAACUUUUUUUUUUCAACCAGCAACACUACUAAAGAGAUAUUAUUCACUUCUAAAAGUAUGGAUUAUAAUUUUUCUGUGUGAAGAGACUGACUCCUGUAGGGUUUAUGGCCCGUACCAUAAGACUUCAGUGUAAUAAAGACUCCUUUAAUAUACCUUACAACAAGGGGUGCCUCUUUGCAACAGUAUUUUUAUUUUUUGAAUGUUAGUUUGAUUAACAUUCAUUUUUAGUACAUAAUGUGAUUGUCAGUACCUUGUAAUGGCACUGCUUUUGAAAGUAAUUUAAAAAUUU